AUGGAUAUCCCGGUUGUUGGAUUCACGCAUCGUCCUCCACGUCGUAAUGUACCAAGACACGGGACAGGAGCGUUGACACGUGAAUUGACUACAUCAUCAACUGAAAAAGUGACUGGUGCCACACCAUCUGCUCCUGACACUGCUCCGUCGGUAACAGCAUUGGUGAAAAAGCCGCCUCCAACUCUUCCACCACCAACAAUGCCACCGGGUCCUCCUCACGGAAUACAAUUCAUGGCACCACCGCCACAUCAUCAAUAUCCUCAUCAUCUACAAUAUCCACCGCCUCCAGGUUUACCACCUCCACCACACUACUAUACGCAACCACCACCACCGCCUCCAUCAGCUGUACAUGGAUACUAUCAUCCACAUCCACAUCAUAGUGGGCCAACAACACCUGUAGCUAGAAUGGCUCCAACACCAUUUGGAACUGGUCUCCCACCUCCACCACAAGUUCCUCCACCACCUCCACCAGCUCCACCACCACGGACGAUAACCGCUUCUUCAUCUACGGCGUCAACGUCUAUCGUAGCUUCGAGUAGUGGAAUUCCACCACCACCACCGCCACUACAGAGGACACCUCGAACGCCCAGUAAUCCAAUUUUCCAAUCACCACGAGACGGCUUCUCAUCAUCGUCAUCUGCUGGCAUAGCUUCUUCAUCUUCUGGAGCACCACCACCUCCACCUCCUCCACCUCCGCCUCCCCCGCCUCCACCAAUGGAAACCAGUUCUAAAACCAAUAUGUCAAUAUCGCCAACAUCUCGAUCGUCAUCAUCAUCAGGAAACAAUCCACAACGAGACUCUCUAUAUAAACGAGAAGUUGCUCAAAUGAUGCAACAGCAACAGCGGAUUAACAAUAAUAAACGGCCGCAAACGAGUCCACCGAAGGAGUUAAUGACGCCGAAACGGAGGUAUCAUGAUGAAGGAGGAAGUACACCAUCAUCAACUAGGCAAUCGAGGAGCGAUAGAAUUAGUAUUGAUGGACGAUCACCAGAAGCCGGAGCAGUCUCUGGAGAAACAAGAAACAAUUCAUCGCCACCUGUAACAGACGAUAAGGCGUCAAAAUUCAAGCUCCCAUUCACCGAUAUGUACAAGUAUUACGACAAGGAUAUGGCAAAUGAAAAGUCGAAUUCACUUGGGUUAUCAGAUGAAGAAGAUAGGAAGAUUUUGACAAAAAUGAGACGACAUUCGAUCUAUAUGGAUAAUCAGAUCCUAAAUAAACAGCAGACGGUGGAAGCAACUCGUCAGUAUUGUACAACGAAGAAGAAAAUGAGAGAGAUACUUAUGACAAGAAUUGAACAUAUUGAUAAAAUAAUCGAAGAUCUCGAAAAAGCCGAUUCGGUACUGCAAUCAUCAACAUCACCGGUUAUGGUUGAAAUGUUCAAUCAUUGUUCAAAUGGAGGAACAGGAGCAGGACAUCAUUCAAAUCAUUCUUAA